UCCGCGGCCGAGGUCGGCGCUGCCCUCGCCCUCCGGCUGCACCGACUCGGGGCCCACGCCUGGUCCGGUCACCCCGGAAUGGCUGCCACCAGCUCCUGGGCCUCCUGGGCUCCAUGUCCUCAGGACCCUGCCUGGUGCAAGGAGGAGGCCCCCACGGCGGGGAGCAGGGCUGCUGGGCCCCCACAGGCCCCGGAGCAGGAACCGCUGACCUUCCGGGACGUGGCCGUGGACUUCUCCCCGGAGGAGUGGGGGCGGCUGGGCCCUGCGCAGAGGACGCUGUACCGGGACGUGAUGCUGGAGACCUUCGGGCACCUGCUCUCCGUGGGGGCUCCGGUCGCCAAGCCCGAGGUCAUCUCGCUGCUGGAGGCGGGCGCGGAGCCCUGGCGGGUGGCGCAGCCCCGUGCGGGGAGCCCGUGUCCAGAAACGGUGAGAAAUCCUGAAAGUAAAGCGUUGAUCCCAACACGUCGCAUUUUUGAGGAGGAACAAUCCCAUCGCAUGAAGUUGGAACGAUACGUGUGGGAUGACCCUUGGUUCUCCAGGUUAGAAAUUUUGGGAUGUGACGACCAAUUACAGAUGUACCAUGUGAACCAGAGUACAGCGAUGAGGCAGAUGGUCUUCAUACAAAAGCAAGUGCUGUCUCAAAGAGGCUCUGAAUUCUGUGAACUUGGAGCGGAGUGUGGCCAGAGCUUAAACUUCAUUCCCUCUCAGAAAGUUUCUCAACUAGAACAUUUCUAUCAGCCUGAUACACAUGCCGAAAGUUGGAGGUGUAAGUCAGCCAUCACGUAUGCAGAUGAGAUUACCUGUGAAAAUAAUGACUAUGACACAGCCUUCUACCAGUCCAUGCCGCCUGUUCAUCCUUCAAGUAUGCAAACUGGAGAUGCACUUUUCAGACGUUCUGAUGCUGUGAAAUCUUUCAAUCACGUACUGCAUUUUGGUGAUCAUAAGGGAACACACACAGGAGGAAAGCUCUAUGCGUAUAAGGAAUGCCAUCAAAUCUUUAACCAGAGCCCAGCAUGUAUUGAACAUCCAAGACCUCUUACCAGAGAAAACCAGUAUGGUUAUAAAGAAUAUGAGGAUAUCUUCUUCUUCUCGUCCUUUAUGGAGCAUCAGAAUAUUGGCACUGCAGAGAAAGCAUAUAAAUACAACGAAUGGGAGAAAGUCUUUGGGUAUAACUCAUUCCUCACUCAACAUACAAGCACUUACACUGCAGAGAAACCCUAUGAAUACAAUGAAUGUGGGACCUCUUUCAUCUGGAGCUCUUACCUUAUCCAACAUAAGAAAACUCAUACUGGAGAGAAACCUUACGGAUGUGAUAAAUGUGGAAAAGUGUUUAGGAACCGUUCAGCCCUUACUAAACAUGAACGGACUCACACUGGAAUAAAACCCUAUGAAUGUAAUAAAUGUGGGAAAGCCUUCAGCUGGAACUCCCAUCUUAUCGUACACACGAGGAUUCACACGGGAGAGAAACCUUAUGUAUGUAACGAGUGUGGGAAGUCUUUCAACUGGAACUCCCAUCUGAUUGGCCAUCAGAGGACUCAUACCGGAGAAAAACCCUUUGAAUGCACUGAGUGUGGGAAGUCUUUCAGCUGGAGCUCCCAUCUGAUUGCCCACAUGAGGAUGCAUACUGGAGAGAAGCCCUUCAAAUGUGAUGAAUGUGAAAAAGCUUUUAGGGAUUAUUCCGCUCUCAGUAAACAUGAAAGAACUCAUUCCGGAGCAAAACCAUAUAAGUGUACUGAAUGUGGAAAGUCCUUCAGCUGGAGUUCCCACCUUAUCGCCCACCAGAGAACUCACACGGGAGAGAAACCCUAUAACUGUCAGGAAUGUGGCAAAGCAUUCAGAGAACGCUCAGCCCUCACCAAACAUGAAAUAAUUCAUUCUGGAAUUAAGCCCUAUGAAUGUAAUAAGUGUGGAAAAUCCUGUAGCCAAAUGGCUCACCUUGUUAGACAUCAAAGGACUCACACGGGAGAAAAGCCCUAUGAGUGCAAUAAAUGUGGGAAAUCCUUCAGCCAGAGCUGUCACCUUGUUGCCCAUCGGAGAAUUCACACGGGUGAGAAGCCCUAUAAGUGUAAUCAGUGUGAAAGGUCCUUCAACUGCAGCUCUCACCUGAUUGCGCACCGGAGAACUCACACUGGAGAGAAACCAUAUAGGUGUAACGAAUGUGGGAAGGCAUUUAAUGAGAGUUCCUCCCUCAUUGUACAUCUGAGGAACCAUACCGGAGAAAAACCCUACAAAUGUAACCAUUGCGAGAAGGCUUUCUGCAAGAAUUCCUCCCUCAUCAUUCACCAGAGGAUGCACAGCGGAGAGAAGCGCUUUAUCUGCACGGACUGUGGGAAGUCCUACAGUGGCCACUCGGCCCUGCUGCAGCACCAGAGGAGCCACAGCGCAGAGAACGUCUGCGAACGGGACUGACGAGAGAUGUCCUUUCCUUGUACAUUUGAUACUUUGGAAAACACCCUAUAAGUGUAAUCAGGAGGGGUUGUGUUUUAGUGAGCGUUCAGGGAGGCUCUUCCCCUUCCUACUCAAUAGAGACAUCUAGAAGAAACGUAUAAAUGAAAAUGAUAGAGGGAAGCAUAGCAGUUACGUACCCUGAUUUAAUGUCAGGUAAUUACAGUGAAGAAAGAAGGCCCCGCACCUCACGGUCCACCAGGAUCUUGCUGGAGGAACGUGAAUGUAGGGGAUGAGACGCCUUUAGUAAGCGAUCUCAAGGAUUUGUGGGUCAGAGUGCAUCGAUGGAGGAAAGCCUUGUACUAGGAAGUGUUUCAGCUGGAAAUACGCUGUUUUGCAUCGAGCUGGAGUAUUGGAUGGGAAGCUUUAUAAUAACAUUCUGCGUGUAAUUAUGGAAAUACAGAUUUUUCUAUUAGGGGGAGGAUCUGGGUGCCCUUUAAGGAAUAGAAUAUGGAAUACUAACUUUGAAUUUAAGAAAAAAAAUAGUGUUGAAUGGGAUAUUUACUGUUAGUUGAGAUUAACCUUAGAAAAACUAGUAAAUGAGAUUACUAAUGGUGGAAAAGUUAUUUUCUAGAAGUAUGAGGCUGAUGUUGUUGGGACAAAAAGUGACAUUUAAUAUCACAGUGUGUCCAUGUCCAUGGUUUACUCAUUGUUGGAUGUUUGUAAUUUGUUUUAGGCAAUCACUGUAAGUUAUACUUAGAGACACUGCAUCAGAGCACAUACCCUGAAGGAAUAACAAGGACAGAGAGUUGUAUAUAUAUAUGUCUACUAUAACACCUAAAAUUGUGUAUGGAUAAGGACUGGAAAGACCCAUGGAUAAAUUAACCCAGUUAGUUUUUAAAAAUCUUAAAAGUUUUAUAAACACAUACAGCACUUACCACGUGCUGAGCUUUGUUUUAAAUGCUUUUCGGUUAUUAAUGUGUUCAAUCCCCUUAGUUCUAUGAGGUGGGUGCUAUUAUUAUCUCAGUUUUACAAAUGGAGAAACUGAAGCAGAGAUGUUGAGAAGGACACAGCUAGUCCAGAGAGGCCCUGAGAUUGUUCGGCUUCGAGUCCAUGUGUUUAACCACGGUCAUGCCGACUCUCUCCAGCGAUGCCCCCUCGUGUUUUUGCUAUUGUUCAGUGUUUCUAUGGUAGAUAUUUGCUAAUAAAAAUCAAGA